AAAAGAAAGGAAGAAAGGAGAGAAAGGAAGGAAGGAAGAGGGAGGGAGGGGGAAAAAAAGGAAGGAGAGAGAAAGAAAAGAAAAGAAAAAAAGGGCGGGGGUCGUUGCAUUGCACGAGGAGGAAUCCGGGCCGGAUUCCUGGCAGGUGGGGCCACCAUGGUCAAGAUCUUUGUUGGGGGUCUUUCUCCUUUGGUCACAGCCGAAGAACUGCGGAAGCUGUUUGAGCAGUACGGCCAAGUCAACGAGUGCGACAUUUUGAAGAAUUUUGCCUUCGUCCACAUGGAGAAGGAAGACGAGGCCCACCAGGCCAUCAGUACCCUGCACAAGAGCGAAUUCUACGGGACCCACUUGACCGUGGAGUACGCCACCUCCAAGAUCCGCAACGCCACCAAGAUCUACGUGGGGAACGUCUCGGCCAAGGCCACCACCGCCCAAAUCCGCCAGCUCUUCGAGCGCUUCGGCAAAGUGGUGGAGUGCGACAUUGUCAAGAACUUCGCCUUUGUCCACAUGGCCAAGGAGCGGGAAGCCAUGGACGCCAUCUUGCACCUCAACGACACCCCGCUGGAGGAUCAGAAAAUUUUUGUCACCCUUUCCAAGAGUAAUAGUUCCCUCCGGGCUACCAAAGGGGCCUCGGUGCCCACCCCGGCCACUCCGACAUCCAGCUACUACUUCUCCAGGGGACGCGUGCCCACUGCUCCUGCCACCUAUUCGCCCUACUGUGCUCGUGGCUGGUAUGAUCGGGAGUAUUGUGAUCAGUACACGUAUGAGCUCUACGAUCGAGCACGAGCAGCGUAUGACCGAGCCCUACCCUCGGCCCCAGCUGCCUACAGAGAAAGGAGCCCAGUGGGGCGGAGGACAUCUACCCCUACUGCCGUAGUGGCCCAAUACACUGACCCCUAUGCUGCUGUUGCGGCUGCAGCGGCCGCCGCCGCGGCCAUGGCUGCAGCGAACCAGACGUACAGCCAAGCCUACAGCCAACCUGGGUACGCCGCUGCUUCGGCUGCUGCAACGUACUCUCAGUACAGUCUAGGAACUGCCUACAAUGUGGCGGAGUACUAUGAGAGGUACGCCAGUGCUUACGCUGACCAGUACGCCCAGACGUUCUGAGAGCACUGCACCCUUCCAGUUAUUUCUUUACAGGCUCUUCCUGGGCAGACUCGGAGCGAUGCCUCCUGGCCGACCAGCCGAGCACUGACUUCCAAGGUUGGUGAUGCUGCAUUUUGUGUGUCCCUCCUUUCCUUCCCCCUCCUCCCCACCAUCCCCAUCUCCUUUCUCUUCCUUUCCUUCCUUCCUCCUUGCCCCCCACGUUUUCGAUCCGAUCCGGUCGAAGAACUGCCACGCCAACCCCGCCUUGCGAAACUGCGAUGGGGCCGAAGACGGUGUUGUCCGUUGUCGUGGGGUUUUUUUCCGAACUCUUCCCUCCGGCCCGGAAUGCCGCACAACCUUUGCACACAACGGCUCCCCCCCUUCCGCCAGCUCCAAUCUUUGCUUGCUGUGUGUUUUGCGUGCUAAGCUUCGAUUCCCUGCCGCCGCCGCCGCCGCCAUGAUGCCGGCCUCUCUAAACCAGGCUAUUUGGGGCUUGGGUUGUUUUUUCCUUUUUCCGCUUUGCUGUAUUCUUGGGUGCUCCCUGGUUUGAUCGAGAUCUCUUCUCUUUUUUAUUUUGUCCCCGUUGAUUUGUUCUCGUUUUAAUUUUGUACAACCGGUUAAAACGAAAUGGGGGUUGCUGGCAGAAAGUUGUUCGCUUCCCUCUCCCUCUGGUUUUUGAGAUGUGAACGAUUAAACGGCUUUCACAGAACCUCUCGCGUCCGCCUCGUCAAAUGCGCGUUGCAGUCGCCCCCCCCUCCUCGAUCCGACUUCACCUCUACCGCCUGCUACCCACUCCUGUCUGCAUGGGAACGGAACGAUCCAGAUUUGGGCCGCGUGGGGCACACCUUUUGCGCUCUCCCACCGCCUACGCCGCCCUCCUCCCCUCCUUUGCUUUCCAAAACGACGGCCCUCUGCACCGCCACCUCCUUUCCCCGCCAGGGGGCUGCUCUCGCCACUAACUCCCCCCCCCCACCCUCUCCCCGGCCGUGAGAGUCAGCCGAACCGUUGCGCCAUCCGAAGCCGUGGUCUUGUGCGAAUGCCGGAUUCCGUCGCUUUUGGCUUUGAGACUAACCGAACACUGCCAGGCCACUGAUGCUGUUUAACCCUG